AUGUUUAAUACAAUUUAUAGAGUUUUUCUUCGUGGGAUUGGUAGAUCCUCUGUUAGGAUUAUUACACAAAACCCUAAAUCCCGUUUUGUUCAACUCGGCACAUUUGCAUCAGCAGCAACGAACAAAUCAAAACCCAGAUCAGAAAAUGAAAAUCAAGAAAGUUUCACGAUUAAUUACCUCAUGAACACAUUUGGGUUUUCGCCACAAAAGGCUCUUUCAGCCUCCAAGUACGUGAAUUUUGAUUCCAAAGAAAAACCCGACUCGGUUGUUGCAAUGUGGAAGAGUCGUGGUUUUACGGCAGAACAAAUUGUACAAAUGGUGAAAAGGAACCCUCUAAUUAUGGUAUGUGAUCCUCACAUGACCAUUUUGCCGAAAAUUGAGUUUUUUCUGUCGUUAGGCAUGCCUGAGAGUGACAUGGUGAGUAUUUUCUGUGGGGCGCCUAAUAUUUUCAAGAGGAGUUUGGAGAAACAAAUAAAACCAUCUUAUAAUUAUAUUAAGAGUUUGUUCGAGUCGAAUGGGAAAAGUUUUGGUUCAAUGAGACGCUUGGCUGAGAUCUUCUGUUGUGAUAUUCAAUCUCAGUUGUUGCCUAAUAUUGAUGUUCUAAGAGAGGCUGGAGUCCUUGAAUCGAAAAUUGUGGAAUUGUUGCAAACCCAGCCGAGAGCACUGAUGGUACGAAGGGAGAGGUUUAAAAAGGUUGUUGAGGAAGUUAAGGAGCUGGGGUUUAGACCAUCAAGUUCGAAGUUUAUUGUAGCAGUUCACGCGAUUAGGUCGAUGAAUAAAUUGACUUGGGAGAAGAAGGUGGUGCUUUAUAAGAAGUGGGGGUGGUCGGAAGGUGAGAUUAUCUCGGCAUUCGAGAAGCAUCCUUAUUGCAUGAUGAUAUCCACAGAUAAGAUAACCCCGAAAAUGGAUUUUCUUAUAAACAAGAUGGGGUUUGAAUCUUCUUACGUUUUGAGUAGGCCUUCACUACUUUCAUAUAGCUUAGGGAAUAGGAUUAUCCCCAGAUGUUCUGUUUAUAAAGUUUUGUUGGAGAAAGGUUUGAUCAAUAAGGUCAAGGUCUCGAUGUUGGUAUAUACAGAAAAGAAGUUCUUACAGAGAUUUGUGCAGCGGUAUGAAGGGGAAGCUCCCGGGCUCUUGAAGCUAUAUGAGAAAGAAUUGGCUCUUUCAAAGAUUUAG